AUGUCUUCCGACGCGUCCAAAGUCUCCCGUUCCGGCGCCGUCACCUCUGCCAGCGGCGAGCGCCACAUCCCCUCUUCCACCCGCGCCGACGGCUCGGUCCGCAAGGAGAUCCGCAUUCGCCCCGGCUACCGACCUCCUGAGGACAUCGACGUCUACAGGAGCAAGACAGCCCAAGCACGAAGGGAUAGGGGCAAAGGCGGCGUUCCAGGCGCUGAUCCUGCCGACUCGAAGCCGGCGACGCAGAGUGCCGCCGCCAACAAGAAUGCGAAGAGACGGGAGGCUCGCAAGAAGGCCGCGGCCGCCGCCGAUGCUGCGGAAGAUGCCGAUGGAGACAAGCAAGAAUCGAAUGCCACCGAAGAGGCCUCUUCCGCCGCUCCUACUGCUGCCGCUCCUGCAGAGCAGCAAAAGGAUCCCGAAGCUGAAAGAGAGAAGGAGGCCAAGAAGCUCGCCAAGAAGCUGCGUCAAGCCCGCGAACUGAAGGACAAGAAGGACAAGGGCGACGCGCUGCUCCCCGAGCAAUUCGAGAAAGUCAUCAGGAUAAAUGAGCUCGUCCGUCAACUCGACAAUCUCGGUUUCGAUUCCAACGGCGAGAAGAAGCAGCAGGAGAGCGAAAAGACAUGA